AUGCUAUUGACGCCUCCUCCGUCCCCUCAACUUGCGACUUCCCUUGCGCCAGAGGACCGAUUGGGGUGCGUAUUGGCAGGCCGACUCGAACUGGUCUCGAUCUUAGGAAUUGGUGCAUACGGAGUGGUCUACCAGGCCGUCGACAGACUUACGAACAUCCCUUAUGCGGUGAAGGCUCUCCCCAAAGCUGGAUUGGAUCCCCGGCAACGGCGCUUUCAACGACGCGAGAUUGCUCUCCACAACCAAGCAAGCCAGCAUCCUAACGUUGUCUCCCUGUUGCGCAUCUUGGAGAGCCCUGAUUGCACCUAUGUCGUGAUUGAGUUCUGCCCCGAAGGCGACUUGUUCUCCAACAUUACUGAACAUGGCCGUUUCGUGGGCGAUGACCAACUGGCCAAACAUGCCUUCCUGCAGAUCUUGGACGCUGUCCAGUAUUGCCACUCCAUUGGAAUUUACCACAGGGACUUGAAACCCGAGAACAUUUUGGUUACCAACAAUGGCCACACCGUCAAAUUGGCCGAUUUUGGACUCGCCACCACAGAUUCCGUUACGUCCGACUUUGGAUGUGGCUCGACAUUUUACAUGUCUCCAGAAUGUCAACAAAAUCCAACGCGGUCAUACGCAAGGUAUGCCGCUGCACCGAACGACGUCUGGAGUCUCGGCGUGAUCCUGGUCAACCUCACUUGUGGCCGCAAUCCCUGGAAGAAGGCCUCCGCGGAUGAUUCUACGUUUCGCGCCUUCUUGAAGGAUUCCAAGUUUCUCAGCUCUAUCUUGCCAAUCACCCCCGAGCUGAACAUGAUUCUUCGCCGCAUCUUCGAGUGUGACCCGCACAAGAGGAUUACUCUCCAAGAACUUCGCGACAUGAUCAUCAACUGUCCCAGGUUCACAGCCAACCCCUACACCACCCUUCCGCCAUCGCCUCCUGCGUCACCAUAUGCCUAUGUGGAUUCCAUGGACUGUGCCAACAUGGCAUUGCCACCUUCUCCUCCGGCCUCCCCAUCUCCCCAUCCACCUUUCCAAACCCAGCCUUCGGAGUGGUCUCUAUUCGAACCCACUUCCAAGCAGGGUUCUUCUUGUUCUUCGCUUUCAACAGAUUCCGGGUACGAAUCCGAGACUCUGCCGGACGCUGGCCAUUGUCUACAGCCGCCCGUUUUCAACUUCUAUGGCGACGUUAUUCCCCUGAACGAGCACGAAAAGCCUUACUACACGCAACCCAAUUUUGUACCCACGGUCGCUGCGUUUUAA